UAUCAAACGCACGCGCUGCGCUGAGUCUCUCCCGCUCUCAUCUAUCUCACACACACGCGCUCACACACACACGCACAGCGUCUUCUUCUUCAUCAUCAUCAUCAUCAUCAUCUUCAGCUCAUUAGGAAGGAGCAACUACAUUCAACAGGAGCACGAGAAUUAAAACACACACACACACACACACAGUGUAAGGUUCAGCACACUGUCCCCUGGUCCAGGUAUAAAGCCGGAGAGAGAUGUCCCAGCAGCAGGAGCAGGAUCAGACCCGGACCUGGGCCGACCCGGACCUCGGGUUCGAGGAGGAGGACGAGAUGCCUUCAGCGGAGAAGGACCUGGCGGAGGACGCGCCGUGGAAGAAGAUCCAGCAGAACACCUUCACCAGGUGGUGUAACGAGCACCUGAAGUGCAUCAACAAGACGGUGACGGACCUGCAGCGGGACCUGGGCGACGGCCUGAAGCUCAUCGCCCUGCUCGAGGUCCUGAGCCAGAAGAAGAUGUACCGCAAGCACCACGUCAGGCCCAACUUCAGGCAGAUGAAGCUGGAGAACGUGUCCGUGGCGCUCGAGUUCCUGGACCGGGAGCACAUCAAGCUCGUCUCCAUCGACAGUAAGGCGAUUGUGGAUGGGAACCUGAAACUGAUCCUGGGUAUGAUCUGGACUCUGAUCCUGCACUACUCCAUCUCCAUGCCCAUGUGGGACGAUGAGGAGGAGGACGAGGAGAAGAAGAAGCUCACUCCUAAACAGCGUCUGCUCGGCUGGAUCCAGAACAAAGUCCCUCAGCUUCCCAUCAACAACUUCAAUCGCGACUGGAGGGACGGCAAAGCGCUCGGAGCGCUGGUGGAUAACUGUGCACCGGGCCUGUGUCCUGAUUGGGUGGACUGGGAUCCAAAUAAGCCAGUACAGAACGCACGAGAGGCCAUGCAGCAGGCAGACGACUGGCUCGGAGUUCCCCAGGUUAUCGCCCCAGAGGAGAUCGUGGACCCAGAUGUGGACGAGCACUCGGUAAUGACGUAUCUCUCUCAGUUCCCAAAGGCCAAGCUGAAACCCGGCGCCCCCGUUAAAGCCAGACAGCUGCACCCCAAAAAUGCCCGAGCCUACGGACCGGGAGUUGAGCCAGAGGGAAACAUGGUACUGAAACCCACACACUUCACGGUGGAGACGCUGGAGGCGGGGCUUGGUGAGGUCAUCGUCUACGUGGAGGAUCCUGAAGGUCACACUGAAGAAGCUAAAGUUGUUGCGAAUAACGACAAGAAGAGGACGUACACCGUCAGCUACGUGCCCAAAGUGGCCGGGCCUCACAAGGUAAAGGUGCUGUUCGCAGGACAGGACAUCGAUAAGAGCCCCUUCCUGGUGAACGUGGCCAAAGCUCUCGGGGAUCCUAAUAAAGUCCAGGCACGAGGUCCAGGGCUCGAACCCACGGGCAACGUCACUCACAAACCCACCUACUUCGACAUCUACACUGCAGGCGCGGGAGCCGGUGAUGUCAGCGUGGUGAUUACGGACCCCCAGGGGAAGAAGAACACGGUGGAGGUGAUCCUGGAGAAGAAAGGAGACGCCAUGUUCCGCUGCAGCUACAAACCCAUCGCGGAGGGAACACACAGUGUGGAAGUGCUCUUCGCCGGGCAGCCCAUCCCCCACAGCCCUUACAAAGUGCAGGUCUCCGAGGCGAGCAAUGCCAGCGCGUGCCGCGCCACCGGGCGAGGGCUGCAGCCUAAAGGCGUGCGGGUGAAGGAGGUGGCCGACUUCAAGGUGUUCACUAAAGGAGCAGGAAGUGGAGAGCUCAAAGUUUGUGUGAAGGGCCCUACGGGAGCGGAGGUGCAGGUGAAGGUGCGUGAUGUCGGUGACGGAGUGUACGAGUGUGACUACAAGCCUGUCGUUCCUGGAAAAUACACUGUGACCAUAACAUGGGGAGGACAGCCCAUCCCCCGCAGCCCAUUCGAAGUGGAAGUGGGUUUGGAGGCGGGGCCACAGAAGGUGCGAGCCUGGGGUCCGGGGCUAAAGACGGGCGUGGUGGGAAAAUCCGCCGACUUUGUGGUCGAGGCCAUCGGUACUGAGGUUGGCUCUCUGGGAUUCUCGAUCGAGGGUCCGUCCCAGGCGAAGAUCGAGUGUGAUGAUAAGGGUGAUGGGUCAUGUGACGUGCGGUACUGGCCCACCGAGCCGGGAGACUACGCCGUGCACGUGAUCUGUGACGACGAGGACAUUAAGGACAGCCCCUUUAUGGCACACAUCCUCCCUGCGCCCAGCAACCUGCACCCUCACAAGGUGAAAGCGUUCGGUCCUGGUCUCCAGCCCACCGGAGUGAUAGUGAAUAAACCUGCAGAGUUCACCAUCGAUGUGCGACAGGCUGGAAAGGGCGAGCUGAAGAUUUACGCUCAGGAUGCUGAAGGGUGUGUUAUCGACAUCAAGGUCACUGAUAAAGGCGACGGUACUUUUGUGUGCGUGUACGUCCCCACAAAGCCGAUCAAACAUACCAUCAUCAUCAGCUGGGGCGGAGUCAACGUUCCUAAUAGUCCAUUCAGGGUUCUUGUAGGUGAAGGCUGUCACCCUGAAAAAGUAAAGGUUUAUGGCCCUGGGGUGGAGAAAACGGGCCUGAAGUCGGCUGAGCCCACAUACUUCACUGUGGAUUGUACCGAAGCUGGACAGGGUGACGUGAGUAUCGGGAUAAAGUGUGCAGCAGGCGUGGUCGGUCCGGCUGAGGUGGACAUCGACUUCGACAUCAUCAAGAACGACAAUGACACGUUCACUGUGAAGUACACACCCCCCGCUCCGGGACGCUACACCAUCAUGGUGCUUUUCGCUGAUAAGGAAAUUCCCAACAGUCCUUUCAAGGUGAAAGUCGAACCAUCUCAUGAUGCUGGGAAAGUGCGCGCAGAAGGACCCGGACUCAACAAAACAGGUGUUCAGGUGGCCACACCCACCCACUUCACCAUUUACACCAAGGGGGCAGGAAAGGCGAAGCCCGAGGUUCACUUCAGCACGGGGCAGAAAGGCAACCCUGUGAAGGACUUCGAGAUCAUCGAUAAUCACGAUUACUCGUACACCGUCAAAUACACAGCGCUGCAGCAGGGUAAUAUGACUAUCUCGGUGAGUUAUGGAGGAGAGCCGGUUCCCAAAAGCCCCUUUAACAUCACCGUCGCUCCUGCGCUGGACCUGGGCAAAGUCCGAGUUCAAGGUCUUGACAAGAAGGUGGAGGUUGGGAAGGAUCAGGAGUUCACUGUGAACACACAGGGGGCGGGCGGACAGGGCGAGGUCGGCGUGAAGAUGACCUCUCCGUCCGGGCGGCCGAUUCCCUGCAAGUUAGAGGCGGACCGAGCCAAAGCAGAGACGAGUGUGAAAUACAUUCCUCCUGAGGAGGGACAGUAUAAAGUGGACGUCAGCUACGAUGGAAACCCUGUACAGGGAAGUCCUUUCACUGUGGACGCUCUCAUGCCAUCAGAUCCCUCAAAGGUGCGUGCAUACGGUCCUGGCCUGCAGGGAGGCAUUGUGGGUAAACCGGCUCCAUUCACCAUAGACACUAAGGGAGCAGGAGUGGGUGGGCUUGGUCUGACGGUCGAAGGUCCAUGUGAGGCGAAAAUCGAGUGCCAGGAUAAUGGAGACGGAACUUGCUCUGUGUCCUACCUGCCCACUGAGCCCGGAGACUACAACAUCAACAUCCUGUUCGGCGGCGCGCAUGUACCCGGGUCCCCCUUUGUGGCAAAGGUGCGUCCAGCGCUGGAUGCGGGCCGGGUGGUGGCAAGUGGGCCGGGGUUGGAGCGGGCCACCGCAGGGAGUGUAGCGUCCUUCACAGUAGACUGCAGUCGCGCCGGAGACGCCGAGCUCACCGUGGAGAUUGUGUCCGACUCCGGAGCCAAAGCUGAGGUUCACAUCUACAACAACAACGACGGAACGUUCGCCGUCACCUACACGCCCCCCUCGCACGGACCCUACACCAUCAGCAUCCGCUACGGCGGGCACAUGGUGCCGAAGUGCCCCAUUCGUCUGCAGGUGGAACCCGCGGUCAACACCAGCGGCGUGAAGGUGUACGGACCUGGGGUGGAGCCUACAGGGGUUCUGAGAGAGGUGAGCACACAUUUCAUUGUGGACGCUCGCUCUCUGACCAAAACUGGAGGAAAUCAUGUGACUGUGCGCAUCGUCAGUCCCUCAGGCAGCAGCAUAGACGCCUUCAUCAUGGAUAAAGGAGAUGGGACCUACAGGGUGGAGUACACCGCCUUCCAGGAUGGUGUGCACCUGAUCGAGGUGUUGUAUGAUGACGUUGCGGUCCCUAACAGUCCGUUCCGCGUCUCCGUGGUAGAAGGUUGUGACCCGACUCGGGUUCGAGCAUUUGGUCCUGGACUGGAGAGCGGCCUCGUCAACCAAGCUAACUGUUUCACUGUGGAGACCCGGGGGGCGGGGACAGGAGGGCUGGGUCUCACCAUCGAGGGGGCGUCAGAGGCAAAAAUGUCGUGUAAAGACAACAAGGACGGGAGCUGCAGUGUGGAGUACGUCCCCUUCAUCCCCGGCAACUACGACAUCAACAUCACCUAUGGAGGACGACCCAUUCCAGGAAGUCCAUUCCGAGUCCCGGUGAAAGACGUGGUGGACGUCAGUAAGGUGAAGUGCUUCGGCCCGGGACUGGGCGCUGGGGUCAGAGCCAAGGUCCCACAAUCCUUCACUGUGGAUUGCAGCAGAGCGGGAAAUGCAGCGCUGGAUGUACAGCUUUAUGGCCCGACAGGUGCUACAGAACCAGUCAGUGUUCUCAGUAAAGGUGACGGCACACACGCUGUGACCUACACACCUGCUCAGGAGGGACCGUACACAGUGGGUGUUAAAUACGCCAACCAGGAUGUCCCUCGCAGUCCCUUUAAGGUCCACUCCGGCCCGACUUAUGAUGCCAGUAAGGUCCGUGCGAGCGGCCCGGGACUCGACGCAGCGGGCGUGGCAGCGAGCAUACCAGUGGAGUUCACCAUCGAUGCCCGCGAUGCAGGGGAGGGGCUACUGACCGUGCAGAUAUUGGAUCCUGAAGGAAAGCCGAAGAAGGCGAGUAUCCAGGACAAUAAGGACGGCACCUACACCGUCUCCUACGUCCCGGACACUAGCGGGCGCUACACCAUCACCAUUAAAUACGGCGGAGACCACAUCCCCGCCUCGCCUUACUCCAUUCAGGCCACGCCCACUGGAGACGCCAGCAAGUGUGUUCUCUCAGUGUCUAUCGGAGGACACGGAGUUGCAGCCAGUCUGGGGCCGAAGAUUCAGAUGAGUGAGGAGACGGUCCUGAGUGUAGACGCUAAGGCCGCUGGGAAAGGGAAAGUGACGUGUAAGGUUCUCACUCCACACGGGGCCGAGGUUGACGUGGACGUGACGGAGAACCACGACGGAACCUUCGACAUUUACUACACCGCGCCUGAGCCGGGAAAAUACGUCAUCACCAUCCGCUUCGGGGGACAAAACAUUCCCAACAGCCCCUUCACCGUACAGGCCACUAAGGAGCCUGUCAUACCGCAAGACACUAAACAGCCCUUGUUUCGUCCCCUUAACCUGCUCAUCCCCUUCAGUCCCCAGCAGGGGGCACUAACUGGUGAGGUGCGCAUGCCGUCAGGUAAAUCUGCUCGUCCUCUGAUUAAGGACAAUAAAGACGGCACCAUCACUGUGAAAUACGUCCCUACAGAGAGAGGACUGCACGAGAUGGACAUCAAAUACGACGGAAAUCACAUCCCAGGAAGUCCCAUGCAGUUCUACGUGGACGCCGCUGACAGCACCAUGGUGACUGCGUACGGUCCUGGGCUGUGUCACGGCACGGUGAACAAACCCGCCACCUUUACCGUCGUCACCAAGAACGCGAAAGAAGGUGGUUUGUCUCUGGCAGUAGAAGGACCGUCCAAAGCUGAGAUCAGUUGUAAGGACAAUAAGGACGGGACAUGCACUGUGUCCUACCUGCCUACCGCCCCGGGGGAUUACAACAUCAUCGUCAAGUUUGAUGGAAAGCACAUUCCCGGGAGUCCCUUCACUGCUAAGAUCACAGGUGAUGACUCUCUCAGGACGUCUCAGCUGAACGUGGGAACUGCAGCUGAUGUUUCUCUGAAGAUCAGUGAGACAGAUUUGAGCUCGUUAACCGCCAGCAUCAGAGCUCCAUCAGGAGCAGAACAACCGUGUCUACUGAAACACCUCCCUAACAGACACAUCGGUCUGUCCUUUACCCCUAAGGAAGUGGGUGAACAUGAAGUGAGUGUACGUAAGGGCGGAGCUCACGUUAACAACAGCCCCUUUAAGAUCAGAGUGGGAGCGUCGGAGAUCGGGGACGCCAGCCGGGUCAGAGCCUUCGGACCGGGACUCACUGACGCUCACACCUUCAGCGUCGCAGAGUUCUACGUGGACACCAGGAAUGCAGGUUACGGAGGACUGGGUCUGUCCAUCGAGGGCCCGAGUAAAGUGGACAUUAAGUGCGAGGACGUUGAGGAUGGGACGUGCAGAGUCACCUACUGUCCCACUGAGCCAGGAAAUUACAUCAUCAACAUCAAGUUCGCAGAUAAACACAUCCCAGGAAGUCCAUAUACGGUGAAGGUGACAGGUGAGGGAAGGAUGAAGGAGAGCAUCACCAGGAGGAGACUCGCUCCGUCCAUCGCCUCCAUCGGCAGCCUGUGUGACCUCAACCUCAAAAUCCCCGGAAACUGGUUCCAGAUGGUCUCGGCUCAGGACCGCCUGACUCGGACGUUCACACGCAGCAGUCACACGUACACGCGCACCGAGAGGACGGAGAUCAGUAAGACGCGCGGAGGAGAGACGAAGCGCGAGGUUCACGUGGAAGAGAGCAGGCAGGUUGGCGGCGAUCCGUUCAGAGACGUGUUCGGGUCUUUCCUGGGCCGCGAGAGCUUCAGCGGCUUCGGCUCUCUCACCGCUAAACCCGACGACGGAGCCCAGCCGAUGACGGCGCAGGUCACGAGUCCCGGAGGAAAGAUCCUGGACGCUGAGAUCGUCGAGGGUGACAACAGCACGUACAGUGUGCGCUUCGUUCCCACGGAGAUGGGUUCUCACACGGUGAGCGUGAAAUACGGCGGCCAUCACGUCCCGGGGAGCCCCUUCCUGUUCACCGUGGGGCCUCUGGGAGAGGGCGGGGCUCAUAAAGUCCGCGCCGGGGGAACUGGCCUGCAGAGGGGCGUCGCCGGAGUACUUACGGAGUUCAGUAUCUGGACGCGGGAGGCGGGAGCGGGCGGUCUGUCCAUCGCCGUGGAGGGGCCGAGUAAAGCGCAGAUCAACUUCGAGGACAGGAAGGACGGCUCCUGUGGAGUUUCAUACAUCGUACAGGAACCAGGUGAUUAUGAAGUCUCCAUUAAGUUUAAUAACGAGCACAUCCCGGACAGUCCCUUCACCGUCCCCAUCGCCACGCUCUCAGACGAGGCCCGGCGUCUCACACUCUCCAGCCUGCAGGAAAAGGAUCUGCGCGUGAAUCACGAGGCUUCGUUCGCAGUGCAGCGUAACGGCGUGCGGGGCGUGAUCGACGCCAAGGUGCACAGUCCCUCGGGGGUGGUGGAGGAGUGUUACGUCACCGACGUGGACGCUGAUAAAUCCACCAUCCGCUUCAUCCCGCGUGAGAACGGCGUGCACUCCAUCGACGUGAAGUUUAACGGCAGCCAUAUUCCCGGCAGCCCCUUCAACGUGCGGGUGGGAGACACGGGACACGCCGGAGAUCCCGGUCUGGUGUCGGCGUACGGAGCGGGACUGCAGGCCGGCCACACAGGUGUUCCUGUGGAUUUCGUGGUGAACACCAGUAACGCCGGAUCUGGCGCUCUGUCGGUCAUCAUCGACGGCCCGUCCAAGGUGAAGAUGGACUGCUCCGAGUGUGUGGAGGGCUACAAGAUCACAUACACACCCAUGGCACCUGGGAACUACCUGAUCUCCAUCAAAUACGGCGGGCCACAGCACAUCGUAGGCAGUCCCUUUAAAGCCAGAGUCACAGGCAAUCGUCUGUCAGGAGGACACAGUCUUCACGAGACGUCCUCGGUGCUGGUCGAGUCGAUGAGUCAGAGCUCGAGGGCGUCGGCGUUCAGCUCCAAACCCAGCGUGUCCCUGCCCUCCGACGCCAGCAGGGUGGUGUGUCAGGGGGCGGGGCUAUGCAGAGCCUUCAUCAACACACAGAACAUGUUCACGGUCGACUGCAGCAAAGCAGGCACGAACAUGCUGAUGGUGGGGGUCCACGGGCCGAGGACGCCGUGCGAGGACGUCUACGUGAAGCACCUCGGAAACAAACUGUACAACGUGACGUACACGGUGAAGGAGAAGGGCAACUACAUCGUCAUCGUGAAGUGGGGCGACGAGUCCGUGCCGGGAAGCCCCUUCCACAUCACUGUGCCCUAAAUGCAGUGCACUAGAUUAUAUUGCCCUAGACCAUAGUGCCCUAGAUCCUAAAUAACCCCCCACCCCCACCGCGCUAUUUAUAAGUGUACGAUAUUGAAGAAAAGAAACAAAAACUAAACAAAACACGCUGAAUACCUUUAAUUGUGCUUGCUGAAAUCUGGGCUGUGUUCCAAUCCUGCCUGUGGCAUCCUGUAGUGUCCCUCCUUCUCUAGUGGCCCUCAUCCUGUAACGCCCCUUCGUCCACUUCCCCUCGGUCGCUCCUGUCUUUAGUGUUGACUCGAGAGCACGCGCAUCUUCAUCAAGCCAUUAUUUAUAAACAACAGACAAAACUGUCAAACAAGUACACGUCCAGAAUCACAUCACGUACACUAUGUAGUGCACUGCUUCAAAGGGUGCUGAGAAAUCCCACAAUGCACUGCGGCAGCUUGGUGUUCAGUCAUAAAGCGCGACUCUGUUUUAACAACAUUCCUUAACUGCAGCAGUUUAACUUUCACAGUGUAGUCCGGUCCAGAUUACCCAUAAUGCACUUGAUGGUUUUGCUGUAACAGCGCGUCCCUGAGUGGUUUAUUCCUCGUAUUUACUUUUGUCCCUGCAGCGAGACGAGACGAGACGAAGCGCCUCCUGGUGUUAGUCUUGAGCUCCCUCGGUCAUGAAGGUCACACUUACAGCUUCACCUCUGACUGUUACACAGCGCUCACACUGGAGACUCCUUACACUCAUGUCUCACACACACACACACACACACAUCACUUCUUUCACAUUUACCGUCCCUGUGAACGAGCCGUUACUAUGGAAACGAUAACGAGUGCAUUAAUGUCACCCUGCGCUACAGUCAGAGCCGCUGGUAGAGAGAAUUAAUCAACACGUCCUGAAAAAGGAAACUCCUGCGGUGCAUUGUGGGUAAAUUCUGCUCUACACUGACCCGACCCCUGUGUGUGUGUAUGUGUGUGUGUAACGGCAUCGCAGUGAUUCAAAGUGAGUUUUUAGGGGAAUUGAAUGACUGCGGGAUUGGAACACAGCCGCUCCUGGUUCAGCUCCUUCCUAAACAUCCAUCAGAUCAAAUUAUUUUCUUAUAAGUGUGUGUGUGUGUGUGUGUGUGAGAAUAUGAUGCUUUAAAGAGAAAAACUGCGUGUGUGUGUUUUGUAUGGCUUUAUUAGUGUUUUUAUUAUUAACCAAACAGUUACUGAUUUAAUAAAGAUCAGAGUUUGUGAA